CAUCAGAGGUAUAACACGCAGAGGUAAAUUUAGACCUGAAAAUUUUCAAUUCUAUAUUUUGACCUUUGAACUUUGUAUUGUUAUAAAUGUUAUUACAGUGGGCACGUCUAAAGGAAGAAAAAUUCUGCCUGAUCUUCUUUCCAAUCGCUGAUUGCAAGAUCAAUUUUCAAGCUCGAAUAAUUCGUAUAAUGGCAAGUAUCAAAGACUCCGAAGGAAGGAAAUAAACAGGUGGGAAGCGAAAAGGCGAGUCGAUGAACGAGAAGAGGACAAAGGCAAAAGUAAUAAAGUGACGGCUGGCGAAGGAGGGAAUUGGUGCAAGAUUCGCGCUCGCCGGGUCGAUGAUGGCAAGGUUCUAAAGCAAGGUGAAACAAGGCAACGCUCAUCAACGACAGCAAUAUUCUGCAUGGCAGUAAUGCACGUGAUAUGCGACCUACCACCAGGGACCAGACGCAACACCUAUCUGCCGCCUGAACCAACCAAGGGUUACAACUACGAUACACCGCGAAUACCAUUUCCGGCUACCACGCGGCCGCCAUUUACUACAACGACGCCGUUUACAACGCGCCCGCACUCGAAACCACCUCAGAAAUUCACACCUUCCAGACCACCUCACCCUGACGAGGGUUAUCCACCAUCAGGCAACAGACCCACUCCAGAAUUCCCCGAUUACGGGACACCCACCAGACCAACUGGAACUACUUUGCCUGCUGGUGGUCACGAUCAUCAUCACCACGAGCCAGGAAUGCCGUUCGACUUCAACUACGCGGUCAAGGAGGAAGCCUUUGGAAAUGACUACUCCCAUAACGCGAUAAGCGACGGAGACAUCGUCCGUGGGGAGUACAGAGUCCAGCUUCCGGAUGGGAGGCUGCAAAUCGUUCGCUACACCGCCGAUUGGAAACACGGUUUCAGCGCACAGGUCUCGUACGACGGAAAUCCACGCUUCGACGUUCCACGACCGCCUAGCAACUUCGCUGGCUAUUAGACUGUUAGUAGGCUGUGGAUGUUUAUACGUUUGCGUGAAGGGAAGGAAAUUUUAGAAAUACAAAACUGCAAAAAUGUAAGGGAGUAUAAAAAAGUAGGAGUAUACAGUGAAACGAAAUUAAUCAAUCAAGUACAAAUCUUGCAAAUUGUCAGUAUCCAACAAUAAUAUGUAUGUUUUUCUAUGGAGUACACCAACUAAAAAUCAUUGAAAUGCGGAAAAAAAGAAAUUUAAUAAUAAGUAAUGUCAAGAAUGAAAGUAAGUUGUGCGCGAAAAUUAUUUGGUUUGGGAUUGUAGAUCAUGGAAGUUGGAUCCGCAAUAGGUGAUCACUGUACUCAUUGUAAUAUUUGGCUAUGUAGAUUCCAUUUCUUUGGUCGUGUUCUUCAAAAUAUGAAACUGCGAAAACAUCUGCAGCCUAGCUGUCAGAGUCUAACCUAUGGUUGCGAGCCACGUUUGUCUUGCGGUUUUUUUUAUUGUUAAUCUUGAUCGUGCUGUUUCUGCGCUAACUAGCUGAGGUCCAGAUCAUUCAAACGCUAGUGUCGUUAAGAGGCAGUUCCGGGGGGGAUGGCGCCACUGACACAUGCAGAACUCUUCUUUGUCUCUGUGUAGCGAAUAUAAGAAUUUCAUUGAAUUAAAGAAUGCAAUAAUCAAUGGUACGAGAACCUAAAAGCAUUGUUUCAUUGUGAAAGGUAUAAUUUUGUAAUUUUUAUAAUUGCCAAUAGCUUUGAGAUAUUCAGAACAAAUGAAGAGUUCUACAGAUUCUUUCCCAGUCUUGGUUUGCAGAAUAUGAAUGAGACAAUUGAUUCUGAUAACAAAUGAUAAUGGUUCAAUUCCAGCUGGUAUUUUAUAUCCCCCUAGCCAUCGCAAAAAUCUAGAUCUAAAUGAAGGGAAAUCUUAGGCCAGAGUACGUUUUAUAUUCUUCAGUUAGAUGUGUCCAAUGGACACAGAUAUGUAGGAGGAAAAGAAUAAAAAAAUUCUGAGAAAGUCGAAGACGUACUUCUACGAAGCAUAAAGUAGCCACUAAGGAUUAACUUCUAGUAGUAACUGUUGGUUUUUAAGGGCGCUGAUGAAACAAUACUAACCCCAUGCAAUAGUAUGUAGCAUUUCUAUAUGAUAGAAAUGAUUACAUUUGUCAAUUAUCACCCAAAUCAAGACGCAAUGUAUAAUCCGUCAAUUUACAAUGUAGAAUGAACAAAUGA